AUGCUCGAUCUGAAAGGAUUAAUGCUGAACAAGAAAAUUGUUGAUUAUUCUCAAUUUGGGGAUUUAGAGGAGGAUGAUGAAGACUUUGCAUAUAUAGCUGCACCUUCAAGCAAAAAAUCCAGAACAGAGCUCAAGGACCCAAAGAAGGAGAAAAAAGAGAAGCAAAAAAAGCCACUUGAAUUGAGUAGUUCACAAAAGCAGACACCUACUAAAAGGAUAUCCUUGGAUGACAAACUUUAUCAAAGAGGUUUAGAAGUUGCCUUAGCCUUAUCCCUCAAAGAAAAAUCUGCAAAUAUCCUUGAGGUGCAAAAUUCAGAAGAGCAAGGAAAGAAUAUUGAAUCAGAAGAUGUACAUGGGAGACCUGCUUUUUCCAACUGCAGUGUAGACAGGGAACUUUUAAGUCUCAAUCAGGUUAUGGAGGAUGAUGAAUAUAAGGCUUACUGUAGCCAAAGGACAGCAGCAUCUAAAGUUCCAGCACAUCAGAAGUUCCUGACUGUUGACAGUGAUGAUGGAGAGCAUGCUACUGACUCUGAGCCAGAGUCUGUACCCAGUAAGGAGUCAGAAGAAGAUUCAAAUUAUAGUGAAGGUGAUGAUGAAGACUUUGCUAUGGAAAAAAAGAAAGCCAAAGGAAAUAAAAAGAAAACCAAACAAAAGAUGCCAUCUGAAAGAGAGAAGAAAAAUCCCAAAUCUAAGAUUAACACUACAGUAUCACCUGUAGUUUCUCCUUCCUGGAUAAUGGAACAAAAAUCUGAGCCAACACAAAAGAUUAUGUCCGGUUCUUCAGAACCAGUUGGGAGGCCUUUACAUACAUCAAGUCCUGUAACAGUCAAGAGGCCUAAAUGGACACCACCAGCUGCAUCAGGUAGCAGUAAUAACUCUAUGAAGUAUGGUUCUGUUAAGUCACCUACUCAGUGUCUGAGACUUGGCCUCUCCAGACUAGCAAGAGUCAAACCACUGCAUCCCAGUGCUACCAGCAGCUAA